CAGGAUUUUCUCCUUUAAGACGGCGUACUUUGGACUUUUUGCGCUCCUUCAGGACUCACACCUUAACAUGCCGUUCCAGUCCUGGGAGCUCCGCCCACAUAAAACCAACGCCUGUGUCCUUACCAUCAUAGCCGCCAUCGUAGAAGUGGAAAUCGAAAUAAAGGAUGCCAUGUGCUGUCUAAGUAAACCCGAUGACAGACCAGAAUUAGAUGGAAUCAGAAAUAAGUGGGUCACACCUAAAGAACUUAUCGCGAUCAUGAAGGAGGCGGGUAUAAACCUGUUCCCAGCUGAUGACUCCUCCAAAUAUGUCAGCAUUCAAAACAAGAACCCUAUCGUUACAAACUGGCUGUACGAACAGAUGGCACUGCUGUCUUCUGCGAUGGCCUUCUCCUGGUCCAAGUGGAACAGUGAGAUGGAGACAAGUGAUAAAGUUUUGUUCCAGGGAUCUGAGGCUCUGGAGGAUGAACCGCUGCUGGAGGAGGACUGGGGUGUUUACAUGGCCACAAAGAAGAGAUGCAUGAAGCUACAAUGUACAGAGUUUGAUGAAGAGUUCUCAGAGGAGUAUGCUGAGGGAACAACAUUCCGCUCGAACCUGUACCACACCGUGUUGACCCAGUGCUCUGAGGAAGCCAAGGAGAGAAUCAACAACUCCAGUUAUCAGUAUGUGGACUGUGUGGAGCAGAUCCUGAAGGCUACUAAAGUACUCACAUACUCCUAAUGGAGAGCACAUAAAAGGGAGAUAACUCCUGAUCAAAGACUUGCAGUGUGAAAAUGUGGGGAGGCAUCUGUGUACAAAGGCGAAAGCUGUUAACAUGAAUAUGUCUUUUCAUGAUUCUUCAUACAUGUAUAUUAACUUAUGAAAUACUGUGUUUUGAAUGAAGAAAUUUAUGUGUCUUAUAUCAAAAGUUAAAAUAACUCAAAAAAUGUGCUUUAAACAAGAAAACUCUUCAAAUGUGAUAUGCUCUGCUGCUAAGAUUUUUUUCAAUACAAAAAGGAAAACUAGCAAACUUUUAUUCCUACUUGUUUUAUGUUUACAUUGUUGUAAAUAUUGGUUACUCCUUUACAAUAGAAUGAACAGUCAUGUAGCAUUGCAAUUUUAAGAUUCUGAUUGUAAAUAUUUCUUACAAAGUGCAUUAAAAUAAAAU